AAAGGAAAAAGGCACUACCGCUUUCUACACUUCCAUUUUGGAAUACUCUAGAGAUUUCUCCAGAGACUGUCAGAAAUUUCUUGAUCCCUCGUUUAAAUUUCUCAAAUUUUAUAACCUCCAAAUUCUCAACUAUUUAGGAAUGAUUUGUUGAAAGAGGAAGAGAAAAGAAAAUGGGUUUGAUUGGGAAGUUGAAGCGAAAGGACAUCGACCAAGUUAACGACGACUUCUCCGAUUUCUCGCUUUCGUCGCCGGCCACCAAGAUUCGUCGUCUGGAUGCUGAUUUGCCCCCAAUAAUUGAGGAAGACUCCCUCCCUGAGAAUCACGAAAAGGCCAUCGUUCUCUUUAACCCAAACCCACUUCAUCUUCAUGACACACCUCCCUUGUCUUCCCCUCCUUCUACCCUCUCCUUCUCUUUCGAUUCUCACCUCCUCUCCGGAUUUAAGGACCAAAUUCUACGGGCAGCUGACAUGAAAUCAGCCGAAACUGAAGAGAACAAGAUGGAAAACGAAGGAUGUCUAGCAGUUGUUCCAUGGGUUCCCUCUCAGAUUGCUUCAGUAGAAAGUAGAGAUAGCGAACAGCAAGUUCUAUCGUUGAUGGAAACUGAUGAAAUGGAUGUAGAAGAGAACUGUAGCAACAAUGGAAGUAUGCAGGAAGAGCAUGGGUAUGAAUUGGAUGGGUUGAAGCCAAGAGACGCCCUCCAUAACUGGGCGCAGCAGCAACAUUGCAUGCUUCCCCAGCCUCCUCAAAACCCUUUUACUCCAAUCACAUGGUCUGAUUGAUAACUGGGGAUUAUAGUGUUGCCUUUUCCUUUUGUAAAUGGUUUUGUCGUGUAAUGUUAGGGGUUAAGAAAUGAGAUGGACAGAGCCUGAGUAAGAGGUGACGGGGGUUUCCCCUUUUGCUUGCCUGCUUCAUUCAACGAUUUUGAGGGGCAUAAAUGCUUGAAACCUUUCCUCUACUGGGUGGGGUGUAUCUUCUCCUCUUAUGGUAAUUGAAGCUUCUUCUCUUAUAUGGUAAUUGAAGCUAAAUUUAUGUGCCUUUUUGUUUUAACGACAUCUCUGUUUCAGUCCUUAGCAUUACCAUGGUAUGUACUGAAUGUUAAGUAGAUUUUGCUUUUGAACAAAACCAACAAUGGGAUAAUAUUAAAUUAAUCAGUGAUUGAUACA